GCAGACGAUUGUCGUACUUGACAACGCGGUGUCGCUAUAAAAAGCUUUUUCGUCACGGUGUAAGAUACUUGCACUAUGUCGGAGCAAACUAAUAAAGCGCAUCGCAAAUCGAAAGAAAAGAAAUCAAAGCCGAGCAGCGGUCCAAAUCCCAAGGCAUUCGCCUUCGCAAAACCAGGCAAGCUCGCCAAACAGGCCGUUCGCUCUCACGAUGUGCGAGAAAAGCGAUUUCACGUCCCGUUGGUGGAUCGUGUACCAGAAGAGCCACCUCCGCUGAUUGUUGGCGUGGUCGGUCCCCCCGGUGUUGGCAAGACGACCUUGAUUAAAUCGCUAAUCAGACGCUACACGAAACAAACCUUGUCCUCGCCUACAGGUCCUCUCACUGUUGUCACAUCUAAGAGAAGGCGCCUGACAUUUCUUGAAUGCCCUUCAGAUUCGCUCGCAGCCAUGAUGGAUAUGGCGAAGGUCGUGGAUAUACUGCUGCUUAUGAUUGACGGUAAUUAUGGCUUCGAGAUGGAGACUAUGGAGUUCCUGAAUAUUUUGAGCUCUACUGGUAUGCCAGGCAACGUAUUUGGUAUUCUAACACACCUGGACUUGUUCAAGAAGCAGGAGGCUCUCAAGAUACAGAAGAAACGACUAAAGCAUCGGUUCUGGAGUGAGCUAUAUCAGGGAGCAAAAUUGUUCUACCUCUCAGGUGUCGUCAACGGAAGAUAUCCUGAUCGCGAGAUUCUGAACUUAUCACGAUUCCUGUCCGUAAUGAAGAAGCCUCGGCCGCUUGUCUUCAGACAGUCGCAUCCUUACUGUCUCGCCGACCGGUUCCUCGACAUCACCCCGCCUACUACAAUAGAGGAGGACAAAAAAUGUGACCGCUCAGUAGCUUUGUAUGGCUAUCUACGAGGAGGAGUAAAUUUCCAAGCUGAAGGAGCUAGGGUACAUAUACCUGGCGUUGGUGAUCUAAGAGUGUCGAGGAUCGAAGGAUUACCAGAUCCAUGUCCCACACCAUACCAAGACCAAGCUAUCGCUAAGGCGACCGGGAAGAGUAAGAAAAAACGACUAGGUGAAAAACAGAAGCUGCUGUACGCUCCUAUGUCCGAUGUUGGUGGCGUACUGGUCGACAAGGAUGCUGUAUAUAUUGAUGUGAAAAAUGCCACGCUCAACAAGGAUGAUGACGUCGAAGAGCGAGGUCUAGGUGAACAGCUCAUGAUCAGUCUUCAGGGAGAGAGGCGCUUGUUGGGCAAUGCAGAUACAGAAAUGCGGCUAUUUGCCGAUGGUAAAUCCGUCAACACAUCACUCGAAGACGAUGUAACGGACUCCGGCCGGAAAGUGCCACGGCGAGCCAAAAUUGUCGAACGAACAGAGGACAUCGACGAUAUUGCAGAUGAGGCGUAUGAGAGUGGCAGCGAUGAUAACGACCAGCUCGAUGGCCAUGACCUUGAUUCUGAUGACGGCCUAUCUGACGAUCAAGUUCCUAGCAACUUUGGAGAAAGACGAGAAAAUGAUAAGAAUCAAGAUCGAGCUGUGGAAGGUGAUAUUGUAUUUGCAGACAGUGACUCCGACCUUGGCUCUUUAUCAUCUGUUGAGGACCAACAAUUCGACAACGACAUUGAGGAUGAUGAGGAUUCUACGGGUGACGAGGAUAUUGAGAAUGAUGAGGAUGACGACGACGAAGACGAGAACGGCGAGCUAAGGUGGAAAGAGAAUCUCGCACAGAGGGCUCAGCAAAUGCACGGGAAGAAAAGACCAUAUCGUACUGCUGAGCUAGCUCGGUUGAUGUACAAUAUGUCUCUAACCCCACGCCAAGUUCUGGCAAAAUGGAAGGGCGAAGAGAUUGAUGAAGCUGACGAAUCUGAUGAAGAUCAAGAAAAUUUCUUCAGACGGGCAAAGCAGCCAAAGACUGAAGAUUUGGACGAAGAUUGUAGUCUCAAGACUUUCGACUAUACAUAUCUGGAGCAAAAGUGGAGUGAUCCUGACCAGUUUGAAGCCUUGAGAAGCAAGAUGGCUAGUGGAGGUACACGAUCGAGAAGAGAUGAUAGUGAAGAUGAGGAAGAUUCUGACCUUGACGGAGCCGAAGAAGAUGAAGAAGAUGAAGGCGAUGGAGCGUUUGAGGAUUUAGAAACCGGCGAAGUCUUUGGAGGUGAUGAGAACGGAGAUGAAGACGAGAAUAGAUCAGAGGAUGAUCUAGAAGCAGAACGAAGGAAGAAUGCUCGAAAAAAGGAGGAGCUUAAACUUAGGUUCGAAGAGGAAGACAGAGAAGGCUUGUUCAAUGACAAAUCUAAUGACCGAGCACACGGCGAAGCUGUCGACGAGUUUGGAGAGGACGAAUGGUAUGAUCGACAGAAGGCGCUGCUUGAGAAGCAGCAGGAUAUUAACCGCGCCGAAUUCGACCAGCUAGAUGAGCACUCCCGGAUACGCGUGGAGGGAUACAAGGCUGGAACAUAUGCACGAAUCAUCCUCGAAGGCGUGCCCUGCGAAUUUGUUGAGAAUUUCAAUCCACGAAUGCCACUUCUGAUUGGUGGUCUGACACCAACCGAGGAUCGCAUGGGUUUCGUCCAAGUGCGCAUCAAGCGUCAUCGAUGGCACAAGAAGAUAUUGAAGACGAAUGAUCCGUUAAUAUUCUCCUUGGGUUGGCGAAGAUUUCAAACAAUGCCGGUGUACAGCAUAUCGGAUUCGCGAACUCGAAAUCGGAUGUUGAAAUAUACACCAGAACACAUGCAUUGUUUCGGAACGUUUUAUGGACCUUUAAUCGCGCCGAGCACGCCAUUUUGCUGCGUGCAAAGCUUCUCGAACUCCAACCCGGGAUUUCGUAUUGCGGCAACAGGUGUCGUUCUCAGUGUUGACGAGUCGGUGGAAAUAGUGAAAAAGCUCAAACUCACCGGCUACCCCUACAAAGUGUUCAAGAACACGGCGUUCAUUAAGGACAUGUUCAAUUCGUCGCUCGAAAUCGCGAAAUUUGAGGGCGCGAGCAUACGCACUGUCUCUGGAAUUCGGGGACAGAUAAAGCGUGCUCUCAGCAAACCUGAAGGGCAUUUUCGUGCUACCUUCGAAGAUAAGUUACUGAUGAGUGACAUUGUAUUCCUUCGCGCUUGGUAUCCUGUCAAGCCACACCGCUUCUAUAAUCCAGUAACAAAUCUCCUCGGAUCGGAUGCGGACGGCGCCUGGACGAGCAUGCGCCUAACUGGCGAAGUACGCCGCGAACAAAAUAUUCCCACCCCUCUGAACAAGGAUUCGGCAUAUCGCCCUAUUGAGCGUCAAGAGCGGCACUUCAAUCCUCUUCGCAUCCCCAAAAAUCUUGCCAAGGAACUACCGUUUAAAACACAGCCUGCAAUUACGUUGAAGCAGAGAAACCAAACGUAUAUGCAAAAGCGUGCUGUGGUAGCUGAUGGAGACGAGAAGAAGGCUAGACAGUUGCUGAUACAGCUCAACACGUUGAGGAAGGAUAAGGAGGCUAGAAGGGCCGCGAAGCAAGAGGAGAGAAAAGCUGAGUAUAGGGCUAAAGUUGCAGAAAAUAUGGAGAAAAGGGCAGAGAGAGAGAAGAGAGAGAAGCAGGAAUAUUGGCGGCGAGAAGGGAAAAAGAGGAAAAAUCAGGAGAGUGGAGGUGGAGGAAAGAGAACGAAGACAUAGCGCCAAAGAUAACAUAAAUCGAGAUUCCAAAGUUCAGAGUAAUAAGCCUUUCCGAAAU